AUGAGUCUUUCUACAAAAUGGUUUCCUGGAUUGCUUCUCCUUCUCAGCAUUCUUUUCCAUUUGAGUGCAAUUACCUAUGGACAUUUCAAAGAAGAGGGUAGGUUUGGCGGGCCCCUCGGCAGGCGGUUUGGCGGUGGCUGCCGCUUUAAAUACUGCGGCCACAGGGGCGGUGGGGGCGGUCUCGGUGGAGGAGGUGGGUUUGGAGGCGGGGGUGGUGCCGGUGGCGGUGUGGGUGGUGGCGGCGGCAUUGGUGGUGGUGGAGGGGGUGGCGUUGGUGGUGGUGCAGGUGGAGGUGUUGGAGGGGGUGGUGGUUUGGGUGGCGGUGGCGGCGGCGGAUUGGGCGGUGGGUCUGGUCAUGGUGGAGGGUUUGGAGCGGGUGGUGGUGUCGGUGGCGGUGCUGGCGGUGGAAUUGGUGGUGGAGGUGGUGCUGGUGGUGGUGGAGGUGGCGGCAUUGGAGGUGGGUCCGGGCAUGGUGGUGGGUUCGGAGUGGGUGGUGGAGUAGGAGGUGGCGCAGGGGGCGGUGUUGGGGGUGGUGGUGGUGCUGGUGGUGGAGGAGGUGGUGGUGUUGGGGGUGGGUCCGGACACGGUGGUGGAUUCGGAGCGGGUGGUGGCAUUGGAGGUGGUGCGGGAGGAGGCGUUGGAGGAGGUGGUGGUUUCGGUGGAGGUGGAGGUGGAGGAGCUGGUGGUGGGUCUGGACAUGGUGGAGGAUUCGGUGCCGGCGGCGGUGUAGGAGGAGGGGCUGGUGGUGGUGUUGGCGGCGGUGGAGGCUUAGGAGGUGGCGGAGGUGGUGGUGUGGGUGGAGGUGCCGGUCAUGGUGGCGGGUUCGGUGCAGGUGGUGGUGUAGGUGGCGGUGCUGGCGGGGGUGGAGGCUUAGGUGCAGGCGGUGGGGCCGGUGGCGGUGGAGGCUUAGGUGGCGGCGGUGGGGCUGGUGGUGGUGGUGGUUUAGGUGGUGGUGCCGGUGGCGGGGGAGGUUUGGGUGGUGGGGCUGGUGCCGGUGGGGGUUUGGGUGGUGGAGCUGGUGCCGGUGGAGGCUUAGGUGGAGGUGGUGGUGCUGGGGGUGGGGGAGGUUUGGAUGGUGGGGCCGGUGGCGGUGGAGGUUUGGGCGGUGGGGCUGGGGGUGGCGGAGGCCUAGGUGGUGGGGCUGGGGGUGGCGGAGGCCUAGGAGGCGGCGCUAGUGGAGGACUCGGUGGUGGGCAUGGAGUGGGUGGCAGUCAUGGUGUUGGUGGUGGUUUUGGAUUAGGGGUCGGGGUCGGUAUCGGAGUUGGAGUUGGAGGUGGUGCAGGUGGUGGAGCUGGUGGUGGAGGUGGCGGCCGAUAA